AUGCCACUUGUGCAUGCGCGCAACCACGGGACCAAACGUCGACAAGGCUCUCCUCAAGCCCUAGAUAAACGACAUGUAUCCUUCCCUCGUGACUCGCCCAGCGACGACGCACUCGCCUCUCGGACUAUGCUCCCAGGCGUCACCCCUGCCGCUGUCGGACAUGACCAACUCGCACUCGGCGCGGGAGUCGUAAUCGUUUUGUUGCUCGCCUAUAUCUCGCGACGUCAGCUACGGAACCUCACGUCUCGCAUUGCACGUGGGACGGCGACACUUUACCAUAUUACUACAUCCACUCGCGAGACGAAUUAUUCCCGCCUCCCGUUGCAUGAGCACGAAGAGGAACGCAUAGAAAGUCCAACUAGUUCCAUAUCCAGUGUACAAAUCAGCCGGCUGGACGAUCCCGCACCACCUUAUUCCCCGAAUACACCCUUCAAUCCACCAACGCGGACAGUUUCGUUGAACGAGGACACCUCGCUCUCAAGAAGUUAUGUGAGACUACAAGCUCAAACACCGUCCGCUCCCUCUGUUCUCGCUGCCCGUUUGAAUUCAACCCCCUCAAUGCCAUCAAACGUCGGAGCCCCGGAAAGCCAUCCGAGCGGAUGGGUUUCUCAUCGCGGCUCACGCCCCCCGCCCAUCAAUACUGCCCCGUCAUGCUCGCAAACUGUCGCACAACCCGCCCAGCACUCUUCAGGAUACCUCUUGCAAACUGAGUCGCCCUGCGCUACCCCUCCGCCGCAAUACUCGAGUACGAACAAUACGCCCGUGUCCUCGUCGAGCGGAAGCGGGACGCCGAGUAUCAAUCCGAGCGAGUUUAACCAGGGUGUGAUUCCUGAAUACAGCAUCACGAUUCACUCUAGCCCUCGCUCGUUUCAGUACAUGUACGAUGUGAGUGGACGGCCAAUCGCAGUCCAUGUUCCCGAUAUCGUACUCAGCCCGGUACCAUGGCUGCCUCGGGCAGAUACUGGUUCAAGUGACCGCAACAGGAAAUGCAAGUAUUACAUUGGUGACGGCGCGCCUCCUGGCUACCUCGAAGUGCCCAGUCGAAAGAGGAGCAGUAGCCGAAGGAGACAGGAGAAGAAGGAAAAGCCACUUCCUGUGAUACCACCAGCGGAGAUUAAGCUUCGGUCAGAGGACGAGAAUAUCCAUCGUCGAAAUGCAAAACCUCGGCCCCAGUUCACCUCAUCGUCGUCCCAGGAGGGUUCCUCGACGCGAAACAUGACUGAACAGGGCACGACUCCAAUGACCCGUUGCAGCUCGUUGCCCACGCGUCGCAAGCCUGUCAUGGUGGACGAAGCGCCGCCGCCACUGCAGCGUACUCGGUCAGCCCCGAGUAUGCCACCGCCCAUGCCGGUCUUACCGCUCGACUUGGAAGCAGUGUAUCCAUCGGGAGGAAGCCGUCAAGCCGAACCCGAGCCAUCUCCAGUUGAAUUUGCAUAUGGGGACAAGAAACACCCCGUUGCGAGCAGCGAAGAAGACGAGGACAUGCCAUUGGCACAGAGUCUCCUGCUGGCGAUGCGAAAGAAGACGGAAGAGCUGAAGCGUGUGGAAGAAGUCAAGACGAAGCAAGUGUCCAAUGUGAUCAAGAUGCAGAUCUUUGGACGAUUGAGUGCAUUGGCGUCACGAGCUCGCAAGGCUAUCGAGCACGAGCUAGAGAGUGACGAUGAUGAUGACGGUGAACAGGAAGAGAAAGAAGAGGAGAACCGAUGGGAGGUUGCAGCGCUGCGGGAGAAGGAGGCGCAUGAGCGAACGAUGCACUCGCGGUUUGUGACCCGGGAACGAGAGGUUUCCGAGGCCUUUGUGAUCGGAGAUGAAGAUGAGUAG